GGGGUGGGAAGAAGUGACUUGUGGGAUGCGGCAGAGAGAGAGAGAGAGAGAGAGAGAGAGAGAGAGAGAGAGAGAGAGAGAGAGAGAGAGAGAGAGAGAGAGAGAGAGAGAGAGAGAGAGAGAGAGAGAGAAGCGGGAAAGAGAAGGAAGAGAGCAAUAAAACAAGUCGUUUACGGUUAAUUGAGCGCCUGACAUUCAGGUUUGCGCAGACAAACGGCGGAAGGGAAAAAGUUCAAACCCCACUAACCAGCGCGUGGGAGUGGGAAGCAGGAUCGUGACUGACUGAGACAAGCUCCACUGUCUGUCUCGUCAUGGCAGGACCUGGAGGUGACAUGCAGUGGUGCUUCUCUCAGGUGAAAGGAGCCAUCGAUGAUGACGUAGCUGAAGCGGACAUCAUAUCCACAGUCGAGUUUAACCACACAGGGGAGCUGCUAGCCACAGGAGACAAGGGUGGCCGUGUAGUCAUUUUCCAGCAGGAAAUAGAGAAUAAGAAUCAGCCUCAGUUCCGGAGCGAAUACAAUGUUUACAGCACUUUCCAGAGCCAUGAGCCAGAGUUUGACUACCUGAAGAGUUUGGAAAUAGAAGAGAAGAUCAACAAGAUUCGUUGGCUUCCUCAGAAGAACGCUGCUCAGUUCCUGUUGUCAACUAACGAUAAGACAAUCAAGUUGUGGAAAAUCAGUGAACGAGACAAGAGACCAGAGGGUUAUAAUCUCAAAGAGGAGGAUGGACGCUACAAAGACCCCAACACUAUCACAGGACUGCGGGUGCCAGUUUUAAUACCCAUGGACCUCAUGGUGGAAGCCAGUCCGCGGAGGGUGUUCGCCAACGCUCACACCUACCAUAUCAACUCUAUCUCGGUCAACAGUGACGACGAGACUUACCUGUCUGCAGACGACCUCCGCAUCAACCUCUGGAACCUCGAGAUCACCGACCGCAGCUUCAACAUUGUUGACAUCAAACCGGCCAACAUGGAGGAGCUGACGGAGGUGAUCACAGCAGCAGAGUUCCAUCCUCUCCAGUGCAACACCUUUGUCUACAGCAGCAGCAAAGGAACCAUCCGUCUGUGUGACAUGAGGGCGUCGGCGCUGUGCGACAAGCACUCAAAGUUGUUUGAGGAGCCGGAAGAUCCCAGCAAUCGCUCCUUCUUCUCCGAGAUCAUAUCCUCAAUCUCUGAUGUGAAGUUCAGCCACAACGGACGCUACAUGAUGACCAGAGACUACUUGUCCGUCAAGAUCUGGGAUCUGAACAUGGAGAACCGGCCGGUGGAGACUUAUCAGGUCCAUGAAUACCUGAGGAGCAAGCUGUGCUCGCUGUACGAGAAUGACUGCAUCUUUGACAAGUUUGAAUGCUGCUGGAAUGGCGAUGACAGUGUGGUCAUGACUGGCUCGUACAACAACUUCUUCCGGAUGUUCGACCGAGGCCAACGGCGGGAUAUGACCCUGGAGGCCUCCCGAGAAAACAGCAAGCCCAUGCAGGUCCUGAAGCCUCGCAAAGUGUGCGCGGGUGGCAAGCGCAAGAAGGACGAAAUCAGCGUGGACAGUUUGGACUUCAACAAGAAGAUCCUUCACACGGCCUGGCAUCCCCAGGACAACAUCAUCGCCGUGGCGACGACCAACAACCUCUACAUAUUCCAGGAUAAAGUGAACUAACGACACGAGAUCUGGCGCGGGUGACGUUGUGUGUACCCUCCCCCCACCACCACAUCCCCCACCCCUUGCUGCCUCGUCCAGGGUGACCUGCGGUAACGCCAACAAUCAGCAUCCCUGUUCGUCGCUCCUGGGUGACCAGACUUUGCCACUUUGUUCUAGAUGUGGACAGAGGAGGCCUCGCUCUUGCCCAUCAUCAGCCUGUUAGUGGCAGAGUAACACCUGCCUUGUUGUUUAAGUAAUGUUGUGCCAAUUCCUCCCCUGUCCCUGCUGCCCCCCCCCCUUUUUUUUGCCAGCCCACCUGCCCUUUUCUUCCCCUGGGGUAACAUGGGUAAACAAGUUUAAUUUCUUUCAAAUUCUGAAUACAGACACCUUUAUUUUUAUAACUUCCCCCUUCCCCCAUGGUCCUGUGGUAGAAAAUGAAAAAAAAACACUUAAUUAGUACGUCCCCAUGUCCUGUGCCAUUGUGGUGUUUAUUUUUCUAAGAAAAAAAAUGCCUCCUUUUUGUUUUGUAUACACCUUUUUAUUAAUUCAUCUGUUGUAAAUAGUAUUCUUUGAGUCUCUUCACAUGUCUCCCCUCGUUCAUUAAACCAUAAGUACUCAACAGUCACAAACGUAUGCUCGCAGUUUCCAUGGCUCACACAAACAAACAGGACAGCAACACCUCAGCGGUCCCCCCCCCCCCCCCCGGGAGUUUGAGAAGUACAGUGUUUUCACGGAUUUUCAAAAGCCCGGCCCAGUGAGGAGAUGUCCCGCUCCACUGCUGCUGUACUUCCGGGCCGGCCAAAGAGGUCCAGACUCCAGGCUCUAUGUCCUGUCAUCUUCAUGCAUUGGUUCCUCUUCCUCUUUGUUUGUGUUUGACAAUAGUCAGGUAUAACAGAUGGCCUAAUCAAAGAUAAUUAUUAUGAUUGUCAUAUUUAUAUUAAGAGGAGAAAAAAAAGUUAAAAUGUCACCAGAUUUGGUUCCGUCCCAUUUUGUGAAAUGAAACUGGACCUUUACAUUUUUUUUUUAGCGAUCUUGAGUAUUGUCUUCCCAUGGUGCACCACGGCUCCGAAGCAGUACUUCACAACAGGGAAAAACUUUUUGUUGAUUUGACACUGGACUCUUGCUGCACCAAUUUAAGUACUUGGAUGUGUUUUGAAAGUUUAAAAGAAAUAACAUUUGAGGCAUUAAGUCACUUAAAGUGUUUUGUUCAAACUACUGCAGACGUUAUUACUGCUACUGUGUGUACUGGUACAAUAAGCUGCACAAGGAUUUGCAGCGGUUGAUGUCUCCACACGUAUUUAAAAAUGUGGACAGGUCAGACUAUGUUGAUGCCUCUAGUAAUGUAUAACUACGAUUUUAAACUAUGACAGUGAAGAUAAUAAAGGAACUACUUUUUGCACCCUU